CAACUUCGCAGAUCUGGCUGUGUAGUGGUGCGCAUUCUCGUUGCGGAUGUUGUGAGUGAGGCAUUGCUUCAUUCAUGGCGUUGAGAGUGGCGAGGCGGCUGUGUGCGCCAGCCCCGAAAGGCCUUGGCUUGGAGGAGAGCUACGCAGCUGGAUGGACGAGGGCACUCAACGAUCUGCGCAGGUACGUUCAUGACCUGGUCUGCAGGGGCGAUGCUGCCGCUGACAGGCGCUUUGUCGUGUGUGUGUGGGUGCAGUUUCAGUUUCCGCGGCUUCUUUGAGGAGCGCAACUUCUGGCACACGGGCUCGACGGGCGGCUUCUGGCUCAUCGUCUUCACCGCGCCAUUGUGGUACCCUGCAGCCAAGGUUGGUGCAGUUCAGACAGACACAGAAACACCUGACUGGCUCCGCACACAGAGAGGCCGCUGUCUGUGUCGUGUGUGUGGGUGUUGGUGCAGGAGUUUUACUGGACGGGUCAGUACAAGCAGUACGAGAAGCAGGAGAUCCUCUCAGAUAGGUUCACCUGGCUGCACGAACGAAUGCUGGUCAGUCUGUCGCGGGUGGGUGGGCUGCGCCACAAGAAGGCACCAGAAUGCGUCGAAAGGUGCUCUGUCUGCCUGCUGUCUGUCUGUGUGUCAAUGCAUUAUUAUGUAUUUGUGCAGGAGGAUGAGAUUGAGAAGGUCCUCAUGAAGCAGGUGCCGAGGGAGGGAUUCCAAACGCCUGCGCUCUCUCUCGGUGGGCAGGCAGGCAGGCAGGCAGGCAGGGAGGGAAUCGCUGCACCAUACAGGCGACAUGUGUGCUGGGUAUGGCUGUUCGCUUCGAUGUUUGUUAUGGUUGUUCAGGGCCGGAUGAACCAUGAGUCUUACUGAGUGUUAAUCGGCAUUGCCAGGCAACAGGCAGCCCCACCCACAAGUCAUGACUAUGAG